AAAACAUCACUUUUGGACUUUAAUAAAAAAACUCAUGUCAUUCGAGUGCAACAAUAAAUAAAUGUAACGAACCAACGAUUACCAGAUAAAUAAGUAAGGCGAGUAGGGCCCCAAACAUCAGAAUGGAUAAUCUCGAAGCAAACAGUACUUUUAUUAUUAGGUAAAGGAUAACUGUUUCUUGUAUGCUUAGCAAAUUCCCAUGCAUCACACACUAAAGAAUCCAAUUGAGUUCUUGAAAACAAAGUAGGAAACAUCUUGGCAAGAAUAGUAAAUGAUGGAUGUCCUAACCGCCUAUGCCACUGAAUUAUAUCCCGAUUGACAUCUUUAUUCUCUCUAAAUAAGGCUUGGAACAUAUUGGACGAUCGGACCAGAAGAUAUAAGUCAUCGCAUAAUCUACCAUUGCCAAUUGUCUUCCCUAUCUAGAGGUCUUAAAAGAUACAAUGAUUAGUAAAGAACUCAAGUUUACAAUUUAAAGCUUUAGUGAUAGUAAUAAUAGAUAAAAGGUUAACCGAAAAUUUAGGGACAUGAAAGACAAAGGAUAAAGUGAUAUUGGGAGUACAAACAAUAGAACAUGUUCCAGAGACGGAGGUAAAGGAACCAUCGGCUAUUCGCACACUAUCUUUAGAUGGACAAGUGAUAUAGUUAAAUAAGCUUUUGUUUGACCCUGUUAUAUGUCUAUUUACACUGGAAUUAAUAAUUCAAGAUUCAAAAGUAGAUGGAGAAUUUAAAACAGUACUUGAUUUCGCAUGAUUAGACUUGGCACCGAGGUAGAGUCCAAUUGAGACAAGAGACGUCGGAGAUGUUGAAUCUCGUCUGAGGUAAAACUCUUAGCAGAAGUGGACUUGUCUUCUGUUGUCACAGAGUCUGACAAAUUUACCUGAGAAUGAGAAUUACCCCAUUGCUUUCCACCACGACCUCAGUGGGGUCACCAUGUAACUUCCAACACAAAUCUUUAAUGUGCCGAGGCUUACUACAAUAGUCACACGUCAAGUGAACCUUGUCAGACUUAUCACUUGACGGACCAUCCUGGUUAGCAAUGAGGCCAGCUUUCUCAAUUGAUGGAUUAUAGAGCAUAACAGUAUGCUGACUCUCCUCCUGUUGUACAUAAGAGUAUGCCUCAUGAAGAGAAGGGAACGAAGUUUUGCCAAGAACUUGAACCUAAAUUUGAUCAAACUCAAUAUUCAACCCAACCAAGAAAUCAAAAACUUGCUUCUUCUGCAUUAUCUUUUGAAAUUCCCAGCAUCACUGGUACAAGUUGCUUGAAAAUCUUGAUAAUAAUCAAGUUCCUGCCACAAGCCAUUUAAUUUAGUAAAAUAUUGAAAAAUCGUUAGCUCCCCCUGUUUUGUACCAUGCACUUUAUUACGAAUCUCAAAUAUUUGCACAUCAUUCCCGAUAUAAGAGUAGGUGAGAGUAGUAGCAUUCCAAAUUUUUUCCGUAGUAGUAAGCAACAAAUAAGUUUUGGAAAUAUGAUGUUGCAUAAAGUUGAUAAGUCAUGCCAUAAUAAAAGAGUUCGCCAAAACCUGGUAUUAGUGAUGUAUCCCUACAAUCCACAAGCCUUGAUAAACAACAAGCAAGACUUUGACCAAACAAGGUAAUUACGUCCAUCAAGCUUCAUAGGAUUAAUUUGCAAUGAGGGAUUAUCAGCUGGAAUCACAAGUUUCUCAUCCUUCGACAUAAUGUUGAGAAAAACAUCUAAUACCUUAAAAAAAAUCUACUUGGAAGAAUUAUAACAAUAAUCACUCCAAAAAAAUGCAAAAGAGAUCCCACACAAAAAACUUAGCUGAAAUACACCACCAAUUAGAGGAGAAUGAUUGGAAGGGAGUAGAGAGCACAGCGAUGGCGUCGAUAAAAACACAGCAGCAACAGGUGAAGGCGACGUGCGGUGCGUGAAACAAAAAAGGCAGAACCUUGUGAUGAUGCGUGAGGUCCACACACGUGUCUUUUGGUCAUCGGACUCGAAGUUUUCGCUGGUGAGUAGAGUCCGACUCCAAUGGUAGGGGCGGUGAGAGAGAAAAUAAAGGCUACGGUGAAAAGUACCAAUGUAGUGUUUCUAGGGUUUUUGGAACAAAGCUUUGAAAAUAAAAUAAAAAAAUUAUCCAAAAAAAAUGAAUCAAAUAUCUGAUACCAUGAUGAAAUUAGAGAUGAAUACUCUAAUAAUUUAUUGAGGAAAAACUCACUAAAAUAAAUAUUUCUCAGAAAUAUGCACAGAUAUAUAUACAUAAAUAUAAAGAAAGAAUAUCUCUAAUUAGAAUCUCUAAAAAUCAGCUAUAAUCCCUAAAGAUUAGCUAUUGAAUGCUGUCAAAUAAAUCAAAGAUUCUCAACAACAGAUUAUAUUAUUGUUAGGCUUUGGCCAAUGAGGGUUAUUUAGAGAAUAAAACCUUCUUUUGGGGCACUCAACCUGAAAAUUUUACAUUGCAAUAAACAAUAUAAAUAUUGAACCUCUUUGUAUAAUCUCAGUCUAAUCCUUAAGACUGGAUCUUUUAAUAGAAAAUAAAUAUAAUGGUUCCUAUAAAUGAUGAUGUUUUAAAUUGCAUAUUUGAAAACAAUGUGCGACAUGCAUUCCACAUGACUUAUAAUUUUCUCAUUUGUAUAACUUUCUAACUGUAAACUGAGGUUUUGGUAUUUGAUUGAGUUUCAGGAUGUCCAUGAGACUGCUGCUGGAGCACUCUGGAAUUUGGCCUUUCAUCGUGAAAAUGCUCUCCAUAUAGUACAAGAUGGUGGAGUUAAACCCCUUAUUCAUCUAUGCUCUUCAUCAGUCUCAAAAAUGGCAUGGUUUAUGGCUGCAUUAGCCUUGGUUUACAUGUUCGAUGUGAGAAUAGACACAUCUGUUCCGAUUGGGCCCUCAUCACCAGGCAGUUCAAAGAUUCUGAACAUGGAUGGGGUUGGAAGGAUGGCCUUGAAGCAUGUUGAAGAAUUUGUGACCUCAUUCUAUGAUCCACAACCCUUUCAUUCCGCAGCUGCAUCAUUAGUCCCCAGUGCUUUGGCACAGAUAGCAGAAGCCAUAAGAAUACCAGAAGCAGGACAUCUAAGAUGCAGGAAAUGCCUUUGCAAGCUGACUGCCAAGACACUAGCACCUUUUCUUGUAACAGUUCAUGGCAAUUGGCAAGUUUUGAGUUGAUCAUACAUUUAUGCCUAUUGCAUCCAUGCUUGUCACUCCUGCAUGUAAAAGGAGUUCCUGGAAAGUGUUAACUAAAAGGGGUGAAAAAUCAAAGAAGUCAAACCAGAGUUUAAAUUAUCAGAUUGAGAAAAUGAAUCAAUGGGGGUAAAGUAUUUGAUGAUGAAAAUGCUGCCAAUCUUACACCAGGUUCGUCUUGAUCCUCAUAUAGCUAUGAGCAGUAUGUGGAAAAACUUCCAGCCUAUGGUACUUGGAUUGUGUAUUAGUGCCAGAUACAGAUAUGUAUCUGACACCGUUAUGUUUGGUUUUUUCCAAGUUUUUCCUAGUAUUAGAGGGUCCUUGUCUAAAUAAAUGUCAAAAAAGGGUGUCGGACACAGGUUCUUCAUAAAUUGAAGAGUCACUCCUGCAAUGUCUAGCUUUAGGCAGUGAAUUUGAAGCUGUUGUCAAUUUUAGCGUCCAUUUCCACAUGCAUUUUUAUAAAUACAAGUGAGGUUUCCGUUUGCAUAAAAAGAGAGUUUCCAUACCUACUACUUUUUUCUAUGUAAAUGACAUUUCACAAGUUCCAUGUUCAUGGCUUACCUUCAGGAUUCAUUUCUGCAUUCUAAUACGUUUUUUAUUCCUUUACACAUCUCUCCAGUGGUGCCGAGAUUGACAGAUUUCUCAGAAUGUUAAGGGACCCUUCUUCUGUACUUAAGUCCUGUUCUGCAUUUGCUCUUUUGCAGGAAAGCGCCUAUUCUCUAUCCUAUUUAUUAAAAAUGUUUAUAUUGUUUAAUUCCCAUUUUGCAAUACAUUUUGCAGUUUACCUUGCCUGGAGGACGGCAUGCAAUGCACCAUUCAAGCCUCCUUCAAAAUGCAGGAGCACCAAGGGUCUUACGUGCCGCUGCAGCUGCGUCAACAGCUCCUAUUCAAGCCAAAAUUUAUGCAAAAGUUGUGCUUCAGAACCUUGAGCACCACCAUGAAGUCUCAAUUUAGUUGUGAGGAUAGUUUGUUCUGAAAAAGCACAAUCUUCUUUAGAAUUGAACCAGGAGGAUGAGGCAGGCGACCUCAACGUCUUUUUAGAACGAAAACCAGUCUUUUUCAAUACUAAGGUUCAAAACUAGGAAACUUCUUGGGCCUCCAUUAUUUGUGGUAAGAAAAUGAAGAGGCCUGCAUGUUCAUGAAGAUCAUAGCAGUACACUGAUGUUAAUGAGGUUUAACUGAGUACCAAGGGUUUUUUGUUUGUUUCCCUAACAUCACCAAAAGGAAAAAACGAAGGAGCAAAUAAGAAUAAUCCCAUCUCAAAGAAGUCAAUCUUUUUACCUUAUAUGUACAUAUAGUUUGCAGUGAUUUUUCAUUAGUAUCUGAUCAAGUGAGCUCUAAGUUUUCCUUAUUACCUCUGCAAUUACUCAGAUCAACGACACUUAAUAUUAUUCUAGUUUGAGUCCUUGGAUUUGUAUCAUUUGGGGUCCAAAUUGCUUUAGUUUUAAAAUCAAAUCAGUUUGCUUUUGAAUCAUUUUGAGCAUUUAGGUUUAAUUCUUUUUAAAAUCUGAAUAAAUUUGACUUUAGAUUAUUAUA